AAGCAAUUCAAAAAAUGUCGUCAAGAUGAAAGUCAUUUUUAUGAGAGCUCAAAAGAGGCAGGUCAAGGUAUCGUUUGCUAUUCUUGCAUUAUUCUUGGUUAUCUUUCAUUGGAAAGUUAACUCUCUUCGUCAACUAGUCACCUUUCCUCAUUCUACUUCAUAUGUUUCUAGACAAGAGGACUUUUGUGAACAAGUGGAGAGAGAUGGUCCUUUGAAAGCUGUUUUAGAAAGAAUUCUAUUGCAGCCUGAUUCCCCAGUAUCUCAGUUAUGUAAAGAAUGGAAGCCAGAACUACACUGUAGAAAAGGCCAAACAUUCCGUCCUCAGGGUCCCGUCCAAGUUUAUGAUAUCUUUCUCUUUUCGUUUGAAGUAGAUGCUUUGGAAAUUCGUUUUCAUGAAUUGAAUGAGUUGGUAGACCAUUUCGUUAUAUUAGAAUGUAACAUUGACCAUAAAGGUUAUCCCAAACCUCUACUAUGGAAUAUCUUGAAGGAUGAUCCUAGAUUCCUGCCAUUUCGUUCCAAAGUUAUUCAUAUCGUCCGUGAAGUUCCUCUUGAUGCCGUUCGUGGUGAUAGGAAUAAGAUAGAAUGGAGCUUUGAACAACAAUCUUGGGAGAAAGCUUUGGAAUUUUGUCGUUUUCUACCUUCCAAUGCGAUAGUGAUGUUAGGUUUUGUGGAUGAAAUUGUAUCUCGACAAGCAUUAUAUGAGGCAAUUUAUUGUGAUCCACAUCCAUCUUAUCCUUUAAGUUUUGGUAUAUGGUUUCCAUUUGGACACUUGGAACGAGCAUAUAAAAGUGAUUGGCCAGUAGAGGGACAUCCAUAUACAUAUGGCUAUCCGAGUUUACGAUAUGCCAAUCAGUGUUCCGAAGGAACUUUUCGUCAACAAUUUUCAAGCCAUCAAUUGGGAGGACUACAUUUAUCCAAUUAUUGCUUCCCUCCCUUUGUUAUAUUAAAAGAACUAACAGGAACUGAAUAUGGGAGCGAAUCUUUUCAUAGCAUGACCCAAGAACAAUGUAAGCAUUUAGUAAGUAACUGUGAGGGUUCCACUUUUGGAAGGACGGUUCCUUUAGACCAAGUUCCAGAAGAAGACAUGGAAGCUGUAUACAUACCUUGGUUUGUCAAGUGUCACCCCAACAGAUAUCCAGCUUUGAUGCAUCAAAUAGAUUCUAGAGCAGUCGUAGUAUCUUAAGAUGAUGAUUGCCUCAAGAGGGUGCGUUGAGCCUGAAGAAAGCGGACCCUCAUUUU